AUGAAAAUAAUUCCAUAUAAAUUCCUCACUGUUGUUAAAAAGUUAAUAGGUAAUACUGUGUUGUUCUCUGCAGUUGGUGCCCCAACAUUUUCAGCUGGAACACUUGGUGGUAUAACUUUGAGAUUUGGAUUAAAAUUCCCUGGAGCAAAUGGAGCAGCUUCUACUGCAUCUACUACAACUUCAACCACUACUACCACCACUAUCACCACCACCACCACUACUACAACCACCAGUGGCUUUACCUUCAAUCUAAAACCACUGACAUCAACUGGGAUUAAUAACACUGUUCCAGUCAAUGUUACUUCUGUACCUUCUACUUGGACUGUUAAUUCGAUUGUAACUCCUGUGAUGACAUACGGUAAGCUGGAGGGUCUGAUAAACAAGUGGAACCUUGAGCUAGAGGAGCAUGAGAAACACUUUCUUCACCAGGCCACCCAGGUCAAUGCUUGGGACCGUACAUUGAUUGAGAAUGGUGAGAAGAUUAUUACUUUACAUGGAGAAGUGGAAAAAGUGAAACUGGAUCAGAAAAGGUUGGAACAAGAAUUGGAUUUUAUCCUGUCACAGCAGAAAGAACUAGAAGAUCUGUUGAUCCCAUUAGAGGAGUCUGUGAAGGAUCAGAGUGGGUCUGUCUAUCUGCAACAUGCUGAUGAGGAGCGUGAGAGGACUUACAGAUUAGCAGAAAAUAUAGAUGCUCAGCUGAAACUUAUGGCCCAAGAUCUCAAGGACAUUCUUGAGCACUUGAGUACAUUUGGAAGUCCUGCUGACACUACUGAGCCGCUCCAGCAGAUCUGCAAAAUUCUGAAUGCUCAUAUGGACUGUCUGCAGAGGAUUGAUCAAAACUCAGGCUUUCUGCAAAGGAAGGUAGAAGAGGUAACCCAGGUUUUCGAGGAUCGUCGUCGCAAGGAGCAGGAACGCAACAUCAGGAUUGCUUUUGAUUGA